AUGGCCGCUGUCAAUGCAAACCCGCCUGCGCAAUAUUUUACCUCGCUCUCCCGCAACUAUGGUCGUCAGACCGGUAACUCAACUCGCGCAAUAUUUGCUUCGAUUUUAGGGCGCAUUUCCCCGUCUAUCGCCUCGUCCUCAGCGAUUCACGACAAUGCAGGUGGUGUCGGGACUGCCACUUCGGUCAUUCUCGAAGAUCUCGCCCCCACGUCUCCAGAUGACAUCCCAGAGGUUCUGAUUACCGACAAUAACCCUGGUAUGAUUGCCGCAGCGAAAGAGGCCUUCAGAGAUAUAAGUUCCAGAAUCACUGCGACCGAGGCAGAUUCUCAGGAUUUGAGCAACAUCUCUGAUGCGGUGUUCACCCAUUCCAUUGUAAAUUUCUCGGUAUUUCUCUUUUCCGAUGCGCUUCAAGCACUUCGCGAGAUCCAUCGCACCCUCCAGCCCCAUGGGGUCGCAGUGCUUCUAACAUGGAAGCGAUUUGGAUUUGGCUCAACUGUCCACGUUGCGCAGAGUCUUGUUCGUCCUGAUCUGCCGCCGAUGCCAAUCCCUGGUUCCCACUUCAUGCACGAAGGUGUGUUGCGUGAUUUCGUGAUCAAGGCCGGAUUCAACGAAGAAAAGGUGCAAGUGCAUCACGAUGAAACUAUAAGGAAAGAUGAAGACCUUGAAGGAAUGAGAGACUUCAUGCUGGGGGAUAUCUCGAAGAUGGCGACAAAAGACUGGACUGAUGAAGAGAAAGGUAGAUGGCCCUCAGCUGUUGAUGAAGCCAUCCAAAAAGAAGUUGAACAAUAUGGCGGGAUUCAAUUUGAAGCCUGGACCGUCAUUGCACACAAGUAG